AUGAAGCUGCUGAUGCACCUGCUUGGGGUGCUGGCCACCUUUGCCUCUGUCCACUGUGAGGAAGGGGCCAGGCUUCUGGCCUCCAAGGCUCUGCUGAACCGCUACGCUGUGGAGGGCCGAGACCUCACGCUGCAGUACAAUAUCUACAACGUUGGUUCUAGCGCUGCCUUAGAAGUUGAACUGUCAGAUGAUUCUUUUCCCCCGGAAGACUUUGGCAUCGUCUCCGGGAUGCUCAGCGUCAAGUGGGACCGCAUUGCGCCAGCCAGCAACGUGUCCCACACGGUGGUUCUCAGGCCGCUGAAGGCUGGCUACUUCAAUUUCACAUCCGCCACAAUCACGUACCUGGCGCAGGAGGGGGGCCAGGUGAUGGUUGGAUUCACCAGCGCCCCGGGGCAAGGGGGAAUCCUGGCCCAGCGGGAAUUCGACAGGCGGUUUUCACCCCAUUUUCUGGACUGGGCGGCGUUUGGAGUCAUGACCCUGCCCUCCAUUGGCAUCCCCUUGCUGCUCUGGUACUCCAGCAAAAGGAAGUAUGACACGCCCAAGGCCAAGAAGAACUGA